GGAUAAAUGGAAGAAAGCAGAAGAAGGAAGGAAGGUAGGAUAAAUGGAAGGUAGGAAUGAUAAACGGAACAAUAAAUGCUAGAAAGGAAAGAUAAAUGGAAGGAAGGUAGGACGGAAGAAUGAAUUGAAGAAAGAACAAGAUAAAUGGUUGGAAAGAAGGAUAAAUGAAUGUAUGAAAGGAAGGAGAAAGAAAGAAAGAUUGGGAAGGAAUAAAGAAAAAGAGGAAAGGAAAGAAAGUUCUUCUUUUCUGUUUGGACACAUAGCUGACACUUCCUAUUCCUUGCUGUGUCGGGGUCUGCAGCCUCUCUGAUACGAUACAACACAUACACACAGUGUUCUCUCUUCGGACCCCUCCCCUGCCCUGGAUGUUGCCCUUUUAAGAAGCUCAGCCUAGUGGUAGGCGUCCUGCGUGACGUCACCGCCCAGCCCAUUCAUAUAACCGAGCUCCGUCUCGCAGGCUGGAGGAAUUACACACGGACUGGUGGAUGUGGCGCCCGGCACGCACAGGACAUAACAAGCAGCGCUCUGUACCGCAGGAGAACCGCCUGGAAUGAUCAGGACUCUAGAACCGGAGCCCCCAGGAAACGCGUGUAUCCCCCCGGAGAACUGAAGAUGAGCUGAGCCCACCCUGCGUGCACAGUUAAAGGAAUGACAGCUGCUCAUAGAUCCCAUGUCUGGAGCUCUUUGUGAAUAGCUGAUGUCUACAAGGAACAAGACACAAUGACAACAGCUGGGCUUGCAUCUCAAGACGUUUCAUUGAAAAACAGCUUUAUGCACAGUGCACAGGGUUUAAUGUGCGGCAAAUCAUGUUGGGCAAAUCAUAACGAGUAUGAAAAUACAUUCUAUGGGAUGGAUUCUAUGCCCUAUGUUAUAAAAUCUUCCGCUCAACAGCAAACUUCCUGUAUUGGUCAACAUUCUAGGUCAGCCACCGUGAAUGGACAUUGCUGCUCUGAAAACUGCAUGAAGAAAUCUAACUUUCUUCAUCUUGGAAUGCCUAUCAUAGAACAUUCUACAAACUGUGAAGAUGACCAAGUUGUUCCCUCCUUUAAGAAACUGUCAAUGAAUGGCGUGGUGGAAAGGACCCCUCCUUCAACGCCUGUCAAAAGUGGGCCACCACAAUUUUAUGCAAUUCCGUCUAGUGAUCGGAGCUCUAGGCCUUUACCGCCUCUACCAAUUUCGGAAGAUCAUUCUUUAGAUGAGGCAGAUAGUGAAGUUGAAUUUCUUACAAGUUCCGAGACUGACUUGCUCAUACAAGAUGGAAGACCUUUGGCAUUUAAAUAUGGUGUUCCAAGCAGACGAAGCUUCAGGGGAUGUGGGCAGAUCAAUUAUGCCUAUUUUGAGUCAGUAUCUGCACCCAAAAAAGCAGAUGAAAUCCCAACAUGUCAAGAGAAUGGAUGUGUACAAAACAUAAAACCUCAGAAACCUGAACAAUGUCACAGGAGACUAAGAAGGUCUCAUUCUGGGCCAGCUGGAUCAUAUAAUAAACCUACUAUUCGGAUACAUGCAAACAGGACUUCUCCUAAUUCAGAUGAAGACAAACCUGAAGUUCCACCUAGGAUUCCAAUACCUCCUAGGCCAAUAAAGCCAGAUUACAGAAGGUGGUCAGCAGAAGUUUCCUCAAACACAUAUAGUGAUGAGGACCGACCUCCGAAGGUACCACCAAGGGAACCUUUGUCCAGGAGCAACUCUCGUACACCAAGCCCAAAGAGUCUGCCUUCAUACCUCAACGGUGUAAUGCCCCCAACUCAGAGUUUUGCACCAGACCCAAAAUAUGUUAGCAGUAAAGCUCUUCAAAGACAAAACAGUGAAGGCUCUACCAAUAAGAUCCCUUGUAUUUUGCCUAUUAUAGAAAAUGGAAAGAAGGCCAGUUCAACACAUUAUUAUCUUUUACCAGAGAAGCCCUCAUACCUUUAUCGAUAUGAAAAGUAUUUCACAGAAUCUAAAGACGCUUGCUCUGAAUCAUGGUCUAGUGACAGUAGCCUAUCUUCAGCUUCUACAAAGCCAGAUGCCAAGGCUAAAUUGGACAAUAGCCAUACCAAGCGUAAAAACUUUCAGGAUGUAGUUUCUCUGUAACGUAUGGAACAUACUGCAGGAUGUUACUUUAUGCCUAUAUGGCUGUUUCAGAGGUAGGACAAACUGAACUAAAGAAACAAAGACUAAGGUUACUUUCUCAGUUCUAAGUGAUCCUUUCCAUUUGCCAUAAAGCAAAAACUGAACACAUAUAUAUGGAGUCUAUCAAUGAUCUCCUUAUUAAAAUAAUGUGAGGUAUAAUUUUGUAAUUGUGUCAAUGUGAUGGGUGGGCGAGGCCUUAGUCACUGCUGAACAGUCCUGUACUGUAGACCAUAGUAAGAAAAGUUUGAGCAGUUACAUUUGAAAAGACGACCUUGUGACUGUCUACUGCUGAUAUUGUAUGAAAAUUGAAUGGUUUUGGGAAGAAUAGUGCAGUAUUUGUGUAUCCUACUUUUUAACCUUCCUCAAAAGUUUGCCUCUUAACUUGUCUAAACAUCCGGACUUAAACAUAGGCUGAAGCGCAACAAGCUGCUAGCUGUGUGUUCUGUUAGAUUAGGACACCUUUUUUCAUUUUAUUGAUUUCUAGAUAGUAAAAAAAAAAAAAAAAAAAAAAAAAAAGCACAAACAAAUGUAAUUUCUGAGAUGUUCUGAAUGAGAAAUCUUCCUAUUGACUUGUCAACCAAGCUAAAGGUAGUGGAGGCAACCAAUUUGAGAUGGGGUUGUCCAUACCAACCUCUAGUAGGACCAAAACCGUCAGUAAAACCUAUGACGCCACUAAGGUCCACUGAGUGCCUUGUGUGUCUGUCACUGGUUUUCAUGGGCUAGAUUCUCAAGGCAAGUGAUUGACAAAAUGGCUGCCUCUACUAUGUAGAUGACUGGAACGAAUAACUUUUGUUCAUAUACUUGGAUUCAUUUUGUCAGAUUGUGCUUUGCCUUCCUCUUAUGUUCCAAAGAGUGAAAUGAAGAAAACCCAGUGUUCUUUGUAGUUCUAGUGAAGUGUUUUAUUCUAGAUUGCCAGUAAGUUCUUUCUGUUUGUUCUUUUUCACUUUUCUAAUAUAUUAAUAGAUCUGAAGCACGAGCUGGCCUUGUGUUAAUGCUAUCUAUUCAGUAUUUUUUUUUUCCUUGUGCGUUGAAUAAAUCUAUAACAAAUAUCAUAAUAGGUAGUACAUGGCACAAUCGCUCUGCAGGAAGUUAUGCACAAACUUACCGGGAGUGAGUGACAUGGCAUCAAACUUUUUGCCAAGGUCAAUAGAGGAGUCAGAGUGCGUGGUAGUAUGUACAGUCUGUGUGUACACAUGUAUGGAUUUUUAUUUUAUUUUUUUCCUGAUCCGAAGGACUCUUUGUUUCAGACAAGCAGAGAGCUAAAAAUUGUAUGAGCAUAUAAUUGAUGUAUUGUAGAGGACAGAAAAGUAAUGUACCAUUGAGCAGGCCAAUGGCACUCUCAUCAACAAUGCUUUACAUUAGGUGUGUCAUACAGGGUGUCCAAUUGAGAUCCAAUGAACAAGUCUGAAAAACGGACUACUGUAAUAUUUUGGUUCUGAUUUAUAUUACACUGGGCUAUAAUUUCAACUGCGCAGGCCCCUGGUAAUGGCUGGGUGAGCUACAAACUGUGACAACUGAAAUGUGCCCAUUAUAGUUGUCACUUUUCAUCCCGCUCCAUCCCCCAGAUACACAGCAUUGAUUGGGAAUUAAGUUCUCCGAACCUGGGCAGAAAACUCAUCCGAGUUCCAAAAAUAUUCCUUACCAACCGCAUUGGAGUCCUGAUUUGGGGCAGUGAAAAGGCAAUUGGGUUUUUCGGUUCAACGGGCCCCUAAUGCUAUGUAUCAUAACUCAUAAUUAUUGACAGUCUUCCAAAGCUUAGCUAAAAAGUACCGCACUUUUUUUUUUUUUGCUUGUCAGGUUCCAAAAUGGACGGGGUCACUGACUGCCAAUAGUGAGGACAUGCCUGCCCAAGUUGCAUGUGACCCCAGAGUUAUGUCAUUUGGAAGACACGUCACUGCUGUGUCAAGUCGGCUGCAGUGGAAUUCGUGACCUUCAUUAACUCCAAAAGUUGACAAGCAGGGAAUCGGAGUGUUUCAAACCGAAACGCCGGGGCGCCGGUACUUAAGCUUCCGUCUAUUAAUCCACUGAGGAAGGGGGCUGCUAAAAAUUAAUUCAAAUCUGGACAUCCACUUUAAAGUUCAGCUGAGCCUUUUACAUGCACAAGAGGCAGCCAUCUUGACUUGUUGUUCAAUUAGCUAUUACCAAGAUUAAGAAAUCUAUUCUAGUCGCACAGAACCAGUGAUAUCACUGAGGCACCUCAUUGCUGGUCCUAAGUGAAGUAGGCAGCAUUUCGGAGUAAAUCAACCUGUCCAGACAGCAGAGUGGUCCAUAUACAUGGACCUGAAGGUGAGAUGAUUGAGUAGUGGUACUGAAGAAACCUAAAGAACCAGAGAUCCAGAUAAAAAGUAGCAUGUAUUUAUCUUGUCGUAUAACAUUGUUCACAGACAAAAUCUUCUCAUGCCAAGACAAACACAAGGGUAAGCAGAAAGACACAAGCCAAAAUGUUGCUAAAUAAUUUUUUGGGUGAAAUAAAACCUAGAAGUUAGCUGGAAGCUCUGACGCCUCAAAUUUCUUCAAUUCUGCAUAUUGGUGAUCAAGUGGAAGGCAACAUUGAGUUUAGCACGGAAGAUUACAACUGGUGCAUGGGACUGAAAUGCUUCACAAUGAAGUAGUGGUGUAUUUUGCUUAUAUUUAACAGAGCUGCAUUAAGAGGUGACCAUCAUGUGGUGACCACUAGUAGGCCCAUAUACUGUAGACAUUCUAAGGCGGCCAGCAAAGUUUAGGUACCUUCAAGCUCUUCAUCCCUGAACUGGCUACCUAUGGUGUAGCCAACGUGUACCAUGAACUUAGACCUAAACCAAGACACCCAGCAGUAACUGACAUAUACCAGGAGUAUUAAUUCAGAAACCACAGUAGGACAGUGGAUUAUCUUCAAUCAGGCUACCAGAAGAUUUAUGUUUGUGCCUUUCUUCUUUUUUUUUUUUCUUUUUUUUUUUACAUAAAAAGCUUCUUUCCUCAUCUAUUUUAAAGGCUUUUCCAUAAUUUUUAAAAAGUUUAGCAAAAACUGAGAUGUGUUAGCAGUUUUCAAUGUCAAUCUUGUACAGGGAUGGGCAUGCUCCAAGUCUAAAAUGGUGCAACACCCUCUCCCAAGGGCAGAAGGAGUUGUGUCCCUAUGAGCGCUUUUUGAUAGACUUCCCUGUUUUUAGAAUGUUAAUAAAGGAAAGGAGGUGCUGCUGGGGAAAAAAGAUACAACACUGUUGGGAAGGUUUAUAAAAGCUAGGGCGAGACUGAACAGUGGUGUUGCUCAUAGCAACCAAUUGGAUGACAACUGAUUUGUCUACAAGGGACAAUGAAAGCAGUAACCUGAUUGGCUGCUGAGGGUAACCCCUCUGACUUAGUUUUGCACUAGUGUUUAUAUAUCGGCCCCUGUAUCUGCCUCUUGAUAAUCCAGUGAUACACAUGCUGUUUACAGUUAGAAAAUGAUGUAUAAUUAACUAUUUAAGUUACAUUUUUUUUUUUUUUAAUACAGACUAAAUGAAGGUAUAAAUAUUAGCAUAAAAUGCACUGAUAUUCCGGCAUAUGUACAGUAUUUGACAAAGAAUGAUUCUGUUCAUUUUGUUAUUUUUGGAUAAUACUGUGUGUUAUCAUGUCUUUGAAAUUAAUAAAGCUAUAAUAUACUUAUUUAUGA